UUGUUCCUACCACUGAUCCGCUGCAACAGGAACAACAAUCGCAGCAAUCAAAGACGGUCGUUGCGGGUCCAGCAGCUGUAACANAGUUGAAUGACUCUCUGGACUCGCUCUUUGGCGACCUCUCAGUUCCGCCGCCCAAAACUGUCGCCGAUCCGAAUGACUCGCUGGCGGCGAUUAUGCGCAACAAGGCGAAGCUCAACUCGAGGCGGACCUCCACGCGGAAGAGGCCCUCGCUCAAGCCAGGGCAAAUACUGUCGCCUUCGGGUGAGGUUCCGGAUAGUGUUGGUCCUUCCACUUCUAAUCCUGAACCAGAUCCUGAACCAGAAGCUAAAGCAGCUAGUCAGCCUGAAGUAUCUUCAGCGGUACAACAGUCAUCAUCAUCACCAGCACCGCCUCUGGAACUGCCCACGCCACCGUUUGUGCCUCCAACGGUGGCCCCGAGAAACUUGCUGCCUCCUACUAAUGACCUCCAGCCAACUCCUUCACCUCCUCCACCUUCAAGACUGACACUGUCCAGCACUGAAGACGAGAGUGACGAUGACCUGUUUGCGACGGCGGCUGGAAGGCCAAGUGCCGGCAAAGCUGUCAGCAGCAGCAGUAUUCCCAGCAAAGCAGUGGCCGGCAGCGAACCAGUGACUUUCAAUCAGGCGGGACAGACUUUUUCUAGCACGCCCUCUAAGCCUGACAUAGUGGCAGCAGCAGCGGCAGUUCCAUCAAGUCCACCGAGCAGUCAAGUUGCCGCAGCAGCAACAGCAACAAAACCGUCAGCCUCGUCCUUUCUCCUCGACAGCUCAGACGACAGUGAUAAUGACAUCUUUGGUGCUUCGAUUUAUUUAAGUAGGCAGAUGACAUCCACUUGGAAACACAAUGCAGAUGAUGGAGAUGAUGAUGGUGAUGGUGAUGAAGAUGAUGAGAAGGAAAAUAAAUCACCGGAAUAG